GCAAUUAACCGCGCCACCCCAUUGGGCGGGUGGAGCCGCCCCUCAGCGGGAGUGGUUAGGCAGUCUGUCGAUCUCCGCCCGUAACUCCGCCUACUCGCCGUCUCCGCCGCGCGGCAGCCAGGUUAGGUUGCCAUCGUCAGCCGAGGUUUGCGUGAAGUACCUACGGCCCCCCGAAACAAGAUGAGUGAUCAGGAGCUCGCGUCCGAUGACAUGCCUGGAAUAAAGUCCGAAAACCGGACAGGAGGAGGUGGAUUCAUCCAGAAGGGGCAGGACUCUCAGCCUUCUCCUUUGGCCUUGUUGGCUGCCACCUGUAGCAGAAUUGAGCCUCCCGAGAAUGGAAAUGGCAACGGCCAGCAACAGGGCGCAACCGAAUUGGAUUUGAGUACUGCUCAAAUUGCCCAGACAGCAAAUGGCUGGCAGAUUAUUUCUACAGCUGCUACCAAGGAUCAAGCUGGAGGUGAUGCCACUUCUAAAAACCGCCCAAUAGCCCCUGGACAGUAUGUGGUUGCUGCACCCAAUGUGCAAAAUCAGCAGGUUUUGACCAGUUUGCAGAGUGUGAUGCCCAACAUUCAAUACCAAGUCAUACCGCAAUUUCAGACAGUUGACGGACAACAGCUCCAGUUCACCACUGCCCCAACUCAAGUCAAUGUCCAGCAAGAUGCUUCAGGCCAGUUGCAGAUCAUCCCAGCUACUAACCAGCAGAUUAUCACCACUAAUCGCACUGGUACAGGGAACAUACUUACAAUGCCAAAUUUAUUACAGCAAGCAGUCCCUAUUCAGGGCAUGGGUCUGACCAACAAUGUCCUGUCAGGACAGACUCAGUACCUAACUAAUGUCCCUGUUGCUCUUAAUGGUAACAUUACUCUGCUUCCCAUGAAUGCAACAUCCCUCACUCCAACAUCUCAGUCAUUGACCCUUACUGGAACUCAGGAAAACUCUCAGCCAGUUACUUCAGGGGUGGCUAUCAGCUCCUCCCAGUUGGCUACUUCCCAGGCUAACUUUGGCACUUUCUAUACCAAUGCCAACAACUUCUCCACUAGUACCACCCCAAGUAAUAUGAGCCUUAUGAACUGUAGCAGUGGAGGCAGCACACCGGGCACCAAUGUCCAGGUCCAAACAUCUCAGAGAUCUACUGGCCACCUAAGCUUCAUUACUGACUCUGUGCAACAAGGCAAUGGAAGCCUUCAGCAGGGACAGCAGAAGGACGGUGACCAGAACCAGCAACAGCAACAAAUUCUCAUACAGCCUCAAAUAGUCCAGAGUGGGCAGACAAUCCAGGCUCUGCAGGCAGCUCAGCUGUCCGGUCAAGCCUUUAGUACACAGGCCAUAUCCCAAGAUGCCCUACAGAAUCUUCAGAUUCAGACCAUGCCAAACACAGGUCCAAUUAUUAUACGUACACCUACUGUAGGUCCGAAUGGCCAAGUUACCUGGCAGACCAUACAGCUGCAGAAUCUGCAAGUUCAGAGUCCACAAGCUCAGACCAUCACUCUUGCUCCAAUGCAGGGGGUUUCUUUGGGGCAGUCUGGCAGUACUAAUUCUCUCACAUCAAUGCCUGCUGGUACAGUGACCGUCAAUGCUGCUCAACUGUCAUCCAUGCAUGGCCUGCAGACCAUUAAUCUUGGAGCGUUGGGAGCCUCGGGUAUUCAAGUGCACCAGCUUCAAGGAGUACCUUUAACAAUCACCAAUGCAACUGGGGAUGCAAGUGGCCAUCUGAGCAUCCAUGCUGCAGGUGCUGAUGGGCUCCAUGAUGAGAACUCUGCUAUGGAAGAGGGUGAAACAAGUCCAGACCCCCAGCCUCAACCUGGGCGCAGGAUGCGUAGAGAGGCCUGCACCUGUCCAUACUGCAAAGAAGGCGAGGGAAGGGGUUCGGGGGAUCCAGGGAAAAAGAAGCAGCACAUCUGCCACAUUCCAGGGUGUGGAAAAGUGUAUGGGAAGACUUCUCACUUACGUGCACACUUGCGCUGGCACACAGGAGAACGCCCCUUUGUCUGUACUUGGGUGUUUUGUGGUAAACGAUUCACACGUAGCGAUGAGCUUCAGAGACACAAGCGCACCCAUACCGGUGAGAAAAAGUUUAUGUGCACCGAGUGUCCAAAGCGCUUCAUGAGGAGUGAUCAUUUGUCCAAGCACAUAAAGACCCAUCAGAAUAAGAAGGGCCAGGGUGGCCCUGUCACCAUGACGACCGUAAACCUGGACACUGGAGUGGGCUCUGAUGGCAGUGCUGCUUCAACUCCAACCCCCCAGGCCCUUAUCACUACAAACAUGGUUGCCAUGGAAGCAAUAUCUCCAGAGGGCAUCGCCCGGUUGGCGAGCAGCGGUAUCAACGUCAUGCAAGUGGCAGAUCUUCAGUCAAUCAAUCUUAGUGGCAAUGGCUUCUGAAAUCCAGUGGUUUGGAAGGACUAUUUGUUGACCGUAAAUAAGUGUGAUGGAAUGGGUGGGAGGGUAGGUCUAUAGUAACAUAAUGACAAUGGGUCCAAAAAGAGGGGGGUUAAACUCUCCUGUACGGUAGUGCAAGGGUGUGCCAGUUCACAUUACCCUUGAUGGAACUUUUUCCGCCUUGUUGUAAUCCAUUCUUUAACAGCACUGAUUAUUCAUACACACAGUUACUGGGAGAGACCUUUGUCCUCCACAGAAACGCACCUGCAUUGUAUAUUUCACCAGGAUAUUUCCAGCUGAAUGCUUAUGCCAGCUCUGGGCAAAAUGGGCCUUACUUAUCGCCCCCUUCAUGGGCAUCACUGUUUGUCCUUGCAAGGGUUAAUAUCCUGCCUCUCUAUUCUGGUGCUCACAUGUACCACCGUUUCUUUGUGUUGGUGUGAAGACGGCAAACAUUUCUCAGAACUCAUCUAUUUUUUAAUAUAAAUAUAUAUAUAUAUAAUAUUGAUAUUUUCUGUAUUUUACAAGCAAAGACUUAAGGUACCACCCUUAGCCAUCAUGCCUUGGUAAACUGAUUUAUCAAUGCAAUACGUUUUUGUUUUUUUUAAACAGAGAUACUAUAACUAUAAAACUCAGUUCAGAUGAAAUACAAAUGCCAAAAAAUCUUUAUAUUCAUAUAUCUAUAUAUAACAAAUGCUUAGACCAAAAGUUGCUUUGGUCACUGCGUAGCCUUAGUGUUUUUUCUAAGUUAAUGAACUUGUUCUACUCUGCCGAGCAGUUGUGAAAGUGGUUGGAAGCCUUUGACGUGUAACUGUAUUCUACUUCCAUCUCUCAUUCUUCAACGUUCAUUCCCAUUGAACAAGAAAGGUUUGGAUCUCUUAGUAGAUGCUUUAAUGCUGACAUACGGUAGAUUUCCAUAUAUUCUUUCUGAAUCUUUGCCCCCCAUCAUCAUCUUCAUCAUCAUCAUCACAUGACUGAUCAGAAAUCUAUAUCUUAAUGAUUGGGCUAGGAUAGACUCUUUAACCCUAGGCACUGUAUGAUUUAUGGUUCAGUGCUAAAUAGCAUGAGUAGUCCGCUGGUUUGGGGCUGCCAUGUUGUAGUUUACAUCUGCAGAACAGUUCAGUGACCAUCCAGAAUCUGCUUUUGGUAGUGAGUGCUUGAGGGACUUUUCUACCCCCCCCCCCCCCCCCCAUUUUUCCCUUUUUUUUUUUUUUUGUUUAACCAGUGCAGUUCAGUAUAAAAAUAAAAACUGGGUAAAUAGGCUGUACAAAAUAAUAAUGUUUCUAAUAGUUAGCCAAAAAUGUAAUGUAUAAAGGCUAGGGAUGCACCGAAUCCACUAUUUAGGAUUCGGCCGAACCCCCGAAUCCUUCUCGAAAGAUUCGGCGGAAUUCAAAUCAGGGAUGGGAAGGGUAAAAUAUUUUUUACUUUUGUUU